GUUCGUCUGAGUGCGCAGUAAAUACGUACCUAACCAGUCAAUAAGUUCUUUAAUGGACUUCAAUUUUUUGUUCGAGGUUAUACAUUAUUAUGAAGUUGAUUUCUAAGUCACUGAAUACAUUACCCUUACGCAGAUUGUUAUCAACUGUACCCAAACCAUUAAAUAUUGUACAAGAAGCUGCUCUCGAAGAACGCUGUAUUCUUGUUGAUCAACACGAUCAAGAGUGCGGCUUUGCCAGUAAACGAGACUGUCAUAGACUUGUAAAUGGUAACCUUCCGUUACAUCGUGCGUUUAGUGUCUUUUUGUUCAAUACCAAGGAUGAACUACUAUUACAACAGCGUUCAUCGACCAAGAUCACAUUCCCCGAUCAUUAUACAAAUGCUUGUUGCAGUCAUCCGCUAUACGAGAUUGAACAUGAGCGCAAAGACUUAGAAGGUGCUAAAGCUGCUGCUUGUCGCAGGCUUGUGUUUGAAUUAGGAAUUCCUUCCAGCCAGUGUCAACCUAAUGACUUGCAGUAUAUAACCAGAAUAAGGUACAUGUCCAAAGGAGAUGGAACCUGGGGUGAACACGAAAUUGAUUAUAUAUUUAUUUUGCACAAAGAUGUUUCUUUGGACCCCAAUCCAGAUGAAGUGACAACUGCCCUGUAUAUCCCCAAAUCAAAAAUGAAUAAAUUCUUACAGAAUUUAAAUCAUCCAAUUACACCAUGGUUUAAUCUAAUUGCACAAAACGAAUUGACAGAUUGGUGGAACAAUUUAAAAUCUCUGGAGAAAGUCAUGAAUCAUAAAAAAAUUAUUACUUAUUAAACAUUUUUCGACUGUUGGAAAUAUUUAUUAAGAUUGGGACUAUAUAAACAUUUUUACUGUUUAUAAUAUGAAAAGGUGGGAAAAAUUAAAAGUAGAAUAGAUUUGCCGAUCCUGGCACCGCUUCUUUCGCAUCUCCGCCUCUCCGCCUUUCCGCCUCACCGCCUCACCGCCUCACCGCCUCUUUCACCACGCACGUACCCCCGGCGGUGUACGUGCUUGGUGAAAGAGACGGUGAGGCGGAGAGGCAGUUCCAGGAUCGGCAUAUCUAUUCUACUAUUAAGGAAAAUAAUUAAUUCGAGUUAAAUUAUGUUAAGAGAAUACAAGAUUGAUACGUUAGAAGUUAACAGUUAACAAAUCACAAAUUUAACUUUAUAAGUUAAAAGUAUAGAAAAAAGUAAAGUUAAUGACUUAUCCCAGUUUAAUAUAAAUAUUUACGUACAAAAUCAUAAAAACGAAAAAAUUUCAAAUUUAUUUUAACUUCAUGCAUUAUUUCUAAAUCAACUGAAAAAAUCUAAGUUAUUUCAACUGCCAAUUAAACUAGUUAUGUUCAUAAAUUGAUUGUCACUGUUGUUCACACAUGUUAGAAUAUCCACAAACUGUAUCACAUCAUUUUAGUUCACAGUUCAAAAUAUUUUGACAUACCAUCAAAAAACAUUAUAUAACCUACCUAUCUAUAUUAUAUUAUUAUGAUUUGUUCUGAAAUUAUUAUUUUUAUUUUUAA